AUGCAUCUAAUAAAGAACAAAGCAGUGUACUUCACGCUCAUGCUCGUUGUCCUGAGCAUGUGUUUGGAUGAAACGGAGGCACGCCGAAAGAUUCUCCGUGGACGCCGUACUAUCAAUCGAACAUUCAAACGUGGACCGAUGAUUCCAGCGUGGGCCAUCAUUACGAUAGUCGCGAUUGUGAAUCUACUCAUCGGCGGUAUAGCUUAUCUUGUAUUCCGAAAGCUCGUUCUCAAUGCACCGAUUGAGAACGUUACCUCGUACACACCGGCCAUGCAGGAUGAGUACAGUUCGUGA